UUCCAUGCUGGCGGACUGGACUCGGCAUCGGCCUCCAGGCGGCUCCUGCCCGGCAGCAGCUCUGGAACUGGGGCGAAAAAGCAGGCGGGGCGGGGGCGGCAGGAUGGUCCCCACCGCAGGCAGGGCCAGGCGGGCUGUCCGCUGGCGAGGGAGGGAGGAUGCUGCUGCCCUUGCCCGGACGGCCACCUGGCGCCCUCCCCCGCCCCGGGUCCCCUCGGCGGGCGAAGCGGCGGCGUCCCCCUAGCCGGGGGGCCAAUCAGCACCAGGCUAGCGGCGCGGGGGGGGGGCGGGGGGCGUGGCGCUGCCGGGCGAGCCGCCCCCUUUGUCUGCCUGCUGCUGCUGCUGCUGCUGCGGCGGCGCCCGGAGCCAGUGGAGCGGCCAGAGCAACAAGAGCAACUUUGCGCCGCGCCUGGCCGGGCUGGAGCGCGAGCGAUGCCGGCGCCUCUGGGGCGCUGCUGCGGCGGCGGCGGCGGCGGCAAAGAGCCGGGCGGGCCCAGCAGGGCCGGGCCGCCCCCCUCGUCGCUGUGGUCGGGCCACGAGCGGCUGCGCAUCGGCGAGCGCCUGCAAGCCAGCCUGGCCGGCCUCUGGGAGCUGGAGCUGCUGCGCGAGGCGCAGAGGGGCACCGUCGAGCGCGCCCUCCGGGACCCCCAGCCAGAGGGCCGGGGCCAGAAUGGGCUGCCCCCCAGCGCCAAGCUGGACCGGAGCCAGUCGGAGGACCUGCUGGGGACCCCCAAGAAGCCCUGCUGCUCUGCCCGCUCCUCGGAGGAUGACCCCAGGGUGCUCCCAGGUCGCCCCGGCGAGGGGCCGGAGAAGGGCUGCCUGGGGCUGCAGAUGGCGGGCGAGCCACUCCUCCUCCCCAAGAGAGCCGGCGUCAGCGGCGGGGACACCCAGGAGACCCUGGAAGCCGACUCCAGGCCCAGCUCAGGCUUCUACGAGACCAGCGAGGUCGGCUCCCUCUCCGACUCCUGCGCCUCCGUCCACAGCGAGGGGGGGCCUGGGGGUUCGCGCUGCAGCCUAGGCUCCCUCUCUCAGCUGCCGGGCCUGCGGGAGAGCAGCGGUGUGCGGCCACGCUCCGCCGAUGAGGCUGCUGUCCGCCUCCUGGAUCUGCAGCUGGCCUUGGGGGACGCCCCUGGCCCCGACAGCCGGAGGCCCGUCUCGACAGGGGACCUGGAGCUGCUCCUGGGCCUGGGGGACUUCUCGCUCCCGCCCCGCAAGAGCCCCAGCCUCCAGCUGCCGCAGUACCAGUCGGACCUGGUUUCCCGGACCACCCACGAGACCUACCCCUACCCCAGCCCGCUGCACGCCGUGGCCCUGCAGAGCCCCCUCUUCACCAGCAGCUUCUCCGGGAGCUCCUCCCAGGAGGACCUGGGCGAGGGGAGCCCGGAGGCCCCCCAGGGGGCCGACCCCCCGCCGAGAGGCCCCCUGUGCCCCCCGGAGCAGCGGCGGGCCCGGCUGGACCGCUACAUCGCCCAGCUGGUCCUGCGCCACAAGUGCCGCUCCUCAGCCCCCAGCCGGACGGAGGCCGGGGGCUUGCUGGGCCCCAGCGGCAGCAGCAGCAGCAGCCAGAAGAGCCGCUCGCUCUCGUCCGUCUGCAGCGCCGGCCUUGCGCCGGCCCCCGGCGGGAGGAUCCGGAGGCGCAUCUCCACUUGCUCCCACCUGCGCUCCCCGGAGGGCUCCGAGGGGGCCCGGGACCCCCCGCCACGGCUGGGCAGCCAAGGAGACCUCACUCCCUUCCUGGAGAUCCGCUCCGCCGCGGCCGGCGCCUGCAGCCUCUCCAGGGCCAGCGAGCCCUCGGUGAUGUCUCUCCCCGGCCCUCCCCUGCCCUGCCGGGAGCCCCCCCUCGCCCCCUCCCCCCACCGGCUGGAGGGGGGGGCGGCCAGGGCCCGGCUCCUCCAUGGGGUGCAGGCGGAGGCCCCCGGCAGGAGGGAGGGGCCCUGGCCACGGGGGGGGCCCGCCGGGGGCUGGGGCCAGCUCUACAAGGGCAAGCACGCCUCCCGGGACCUGGUGAAGGCGGCCGAGGGGCAGGAGAAGCCGGCCGAGAGGAGCUGGCUGAGCCCCCGGGAGCUGCUCCGCCGGCUGAGCCUCCGCCGCAGGCCCUCGGCCCGCAUGGGGAGCAGGGCCCGGGCCAGCUCGGAAGCCAGCCUGCCCGUGGCGAGCCACUCGGGCCCCCCAGCCGGCAAGGGCAAAGCAGGCCGGCCGAGGUGGGCCUCCGUCCUGGAGAUCUCCAGCAAAGGCCCCGGCCGGCAGCGCCUCAGAGGGGGCCCCUUCCCGCCGCCCCGGGCCCCGGCCUUCUCGGCCCACUCCCCGGACUCCUUCCGGGGCGGCAGCCCCCUCGACCGGCCCCCUCAGCCGUGGGCCCGGCUCGGGGAGGCGGAUGCCUCCAGCACGGUCAGCCUGAACGGGGACUGGAUCAUCCGCCACCUCGGGGAGAGGUGGCCCCCGGCGGCCUCCGCCACCCUGGACUCGGCUGACCUGCCCGUCGGCAGCUUCAAGCUCCGCCGAAGCCGCUCCUUCAAGGAGCUGAAGAGGAUGAUGACCCGCUCCCUCCGGGGGGCCAGGACCCCCAAGUGA